AAUACCGUUGCUUUUCAACGCAGACGGAUGCGGUUCGUUAGCGUUUGUUUCUCGAGAGCAAGCAACGAUCGCGUACUCAAGUCCAUUCUAUCGUUAGGAUUAACACUUCAGCUCUGUUCGAUGGAAGCGAAAAUUUUCAUACCAGCAAUGCCGAUCAAUCAUCUUCGCCAAUUUAUUCUGCUGGGCGUUUUCGUGCUUCGUCGUUUUGUAGGAUCGACAACGUCGAUGACGUUUCCGAAUAAUUCGCUCCUAAGAUCCGGAAGGGACGUUGGAAUUAAGUAUUUAGUGUUCCCUCAAGGUAGCAACGUUCAACUCGUCUACUGUCUAACCAUGACCACGCAUUCGAAGCCCCAAGGAAUGUUUAACAUCGGUGUUACCGCCGGCCUGGCGUGGGAACUACCCUAUAGAAAUACCGUGCAGUACGGGAAGCCAGCCGAGGUUUAUCAUCGUCGGAGCAGAAGAGAGCUGUACCGUAAAGUGGAGCUAAUGCUAAAAACCCAGGGAAAGGACGGCAAGGCCUGCGUCAUCAAGGCGAUCUGCAAGGCUGCCGGGCGUAGACGUGAAGACAUCGGGAAGGGAAGCUUUCUCGAGGAGAUUCUGCACGCUAUAUUUACUCUGCCUGGAGGAUUGUACGACAUCGAUCCGAUGACCGAGUACGAGCGAACAUACCACUUGGGUGAGAAUUGUGACGAGGUGCACGCCAAGUGUCCAGAUGUCUUCUGAAUUGCUGCAAUCAAGCGUGAUCUU